AUGGAGAUGGUCCUCAUCUUCACCUUCUGCCUGAUUCUAGCUGGUACUGAUGCUGUAACUACAGUAACUGGAUACAGAGGACGAUCAGUUCAGAUUAAAUGUCCCUACACAUCUGAAUAUGAAAAGAACAACAAGUUUCUCUGCAGAGGUAAAUGUCCAUCUGUGGGGAAUAGAGACAUUCCUGUUCAGUCUGGAUCUCCUGCUAAAGACUCCAGAUUCUCUCUGUAUGACGACACAACAGCCAAAGUCUUCACCGUCACCAUCACUGAUCUGAGACCAGAGGAUGAAGGAACUUACUGGUGUGGGAUAGAUCAGACAGGGCAUGAUAAAAUCACAGAGAUUCGACUGCUGGUUAAAACAGAUUUUCCUUCCAUCAGUACUGUCUCACACACCACACACUCCACAUAUACCACAGAUGACACAUACACCACCCACACCACACACUCCACUUCAACACACUCCAUGAGUCCAUCAGUAAAUGCUAAGAACACACCCUCAACAACAGCUAAUCCACUAAAUAAUAUUAUCCAACCAAACUCCACCCCCUCAUCUCAGGGAUUUCCAACAUCCAUUCUCAUCAUUACUGUGUCUGUGGUUCUGGUGCUGAUUCUCUUUGCUCUUAUAUUGACUGUCACACUACAGAGAAAGAAGAAGACUCGAGUGUCCUCUCAAUCUCCAACCCAGCCUCCACAAAGCUCCACAAACCAUCAUGUGGUUCGGAAUCCUGAUUAUGUUUAUGAGGAGAUUGAAGACAGCAAAAACAUUUCAAACACACUUUACUUCACUGUUUUGCCCCCCUCAAUACCCACCAAAAUUUAUUCCAACACAGGAUUACCCACAGUUCCCUCUGAUCACGUAGAUUCCAUUUAUUCUACAGUAGAUCACCCAUCAGAUUCUCCUGAUCAGGACAUCUACUCCACAGCGCAAUGACCCACAAUUCUCUCUGACACAUCACCCAGUGCUGCUCCACUAUCAGGUCGAGCACAUCGAACAAAACAAGAACAUCUCAAGUGA